AUGAAGAAUGCAAUUGACCACUUUGGAACUCAGAUAAAGUUUGUCGCACUCCCAGAUGGUUUGGAUCUAGAAGAUGACAGAAGUGACCAGCCAAAGCAUGGGCCUUGGAAGUUGGACAGAAAUUGGGAAUCAAAGGGGCUCUUCUGGGGCCUGCAUCAGCCACUUCAUUGGCCUCUUUUAAGACUUGAGGUGUGUUAUCCAAGGAGGAAGGUUUCCACCAACUUCAAAGUAAGGUCUUUCAGCCUGGAAAGCCAUGAAAGAAAACCAAGUUCGCCAGGAGCUGCUUCUGAAGAUGGAGGACUUGCAGGAGCAGAAGUAGCGACCGAUGGUGGUGGUGUUAGCAGAGGCUUUGUGGGAUAUGGAAAUGGUUGUGAUGCUGGAUCUACAAAUGUAGCUGGUGGAGGCUGCAAAGCAUCCUUUUUCCUUAUCAUGAGUUCACAGUCUGCUUGCAUAAGUUGCCGCUCCAAAAUAUCUCUAGAGUCCACAAGUCUUCCCACAAAAACUUACUUCAUAAGAUCAGAGACUUGGUUCAUAAAUGCAGAGAUUGAAGAUGCAUUAGCAGGACUAGAGGCUUUUCCAUAA